CCCCGACCCCAGAUACGGCGUACGGUCAACCAUACGAACACUUCUUGGCGUGUUGCAGUUAUUGGCUGCGCGGUCAUUCUAUUUUCCACGGCCAUGUUUUGUACCUCGGGCCUUUUCUACGUCUACUUCAUGGAGGAUUUCGGCGUCAGCCGCGAAGCCGCUUCGUGGCCAGCCAGCGCAAUGGGCGUGACAGUGAACUGCGCAGGUCUGAUUGUUUCGUGGCUCCAGCGCUUCUUGAGCAUUUUCCAAAUUUCCCUCCUUGGCAGCAUUCUUCUCUGGACAAGUCUCAUGCUCUCAGCAUUUUCGCCUAACGUGGAGAUCAUGACUGUAUUUUUUGGAGCUCUUCACGGCUUGGGAAUCGGCUUUAUGGAGAAUACCAUGGCUGUGACUGUUGCGACCUCGUUCCUGGAACACCGGUCUUUCGCCAUGGGUUUGAAAGAUGGGGGCCGCACCUUGUCCGUUCUUGUUUUUCCCAGCAUCGUAUCCCAUUUAAAUUCAGUAUACGGCGUUCGAAGCACGCUGGCACUGUGUGGAGCGCUGCUCAUGCACGUAACAGCACUAGUGCUAGCGCUACGGCGGCGUACAAUUACGGGACAACCACUUUUUCGCCGUACUAAUAAAGAAAGUCCUUGCGCCGUGAUACCUAGGCCAACAGAAACCAGCCGCCUAUACGAAAAAUCAUUCCAUGGCAAGAAGAGAAGAACAACGGUACGAACGAUCGAUUACAUGUCCUGCAGAAACAUUGAAAGAGCGUCCACACUCGAGGACAAUAAUGUUGUGUUGUCUGGGAGCGCUAAGCCGAUUAUUCAUUGCGAAAUAAACAUAUACUCGGGGAGGAAAGCAGUUCGCGGCGACGCAUCAGCAUCAACAAGUACCAUCUCGGAAGGCAGAAGCAUCAAUCCUGCAGAGCAACUUCGUGCGCACAAAAAAACUGCCUCUCCGACCUCACAAGCACACGAGUGCUUGCGAGCUGUUGCUAAAUGUUGUCGGCCCGCAGCUGUAAGCAUGCCGCUGCAGAAGAAUGCAACGUCUUCGUUGAGAAGCGGCGUUGAACGACUGGCCCAUGAUGAGUAUAAGAAGACUGUGUUUCAGUCGUCAAGGAACGCUGGACUGUUUCUUCUAUUAGCUGACCCAAGGUUUUACCCCCUGGUGUUCCAACAUACAGUGAUGAGCUACUCGUCAAUCAUAUUUCGAUCGGUAACAGUAGACUAUGCGAGGGACAAGGGGGUACCCUUAGGUCACGCCGAGCUGAUGGGAACAUACUGCGCUGCCACCGAUCUGCUUCUAGGCCACAUGGCGUUGCCCUUCCUCGCCGACCGCAGAUUUGUGAACCGAACCUUGCUUGUGGCAAUAACCUUCGCCCUUCUCUCGGCAACAUUGUUUGCGUUAACCGUUUCGCAAGGAUUGGUAUUCUUCCUCAGCUUCUUUGCAGCAAUGUCCAUACUUGUCUCGGCGACGGCGUCAUUCUCGCCGGUGUUGAUCACCGAUUAUCUCGGCCCUCGCCGGGUCCCCAUCACGUGGGGUGCCUCCGGCCUUCUGACAAGUCCUCUGCUCUUGGUGACACCAUCAAUAACUGGCUUUUUUAGGGACACCAUGGGUUCGUACGACAGCCUAGUGCGCCUUAUUGCGUGGUUGGCCGCCGUGUCUUCAAUAGGGAUUCUACUUCUAAGGAUAGCAGGGAGAAAGUCCUGCACCACUGCAAAUGUCCAAUAAAUCUGAAGUCG